AUGCCCGCCAAGAAACAAUCGAAACCGGAGUUGCCCGCCGGCUUGAAGAUGCCGAGCUACAGUUCUUACAAGACCUCGGAUGCGCUCGUUGCCAUGUUCCCUAUGAUGUGCGCCGUGCUGCAGAGCCCAAUCCCGGACCUAUCUUCCGGGGGGUUGCCCCGUCUUCUCGAGCUCGAGGCGGGCAUUAUGCGCCUCCUCGCCGCCGUCCGCGCGCAGACGCUGCAGUCGAUCAACAACGCGAUCGUGCUCCUCGAGUUGUCGGCGGAGUGUUAUCGACGUCAGGCCGUCUGCGAUCUGAUUGCGGUCGAGCUAGGCCAAACCAUCCCGAAGCCGUCGGAGAUGAUCAGCGCCGAGCGCAGUAUUGCCCAGCUCAUCGACCAUACUCCCGACCUCUUCGCCAAGUACAAAGCCUUCGAGCGGGCCGUUCUGCACUUCUUGACCGUGACGCGGGAGUAUAGGCUUCAUGUUACAGCUAUGGUGGAAACGGAUGGAGCUCAGCCCCAGUCGACCGACCCCGAGUUGGAAGACCAGCCGGGCGUCCUUGUGCACGAA